UCUGGGAGGCUGGGUUUUUUGGGGUUUUUUUUAGGUUUUUGGGUUUCUAAUCCCCAUUUUCUCUCUCCAGCCUCCUCCUGGCCCUCCUCCCGCGGUUCCCUGAUCUGGGAGGCCGGCGUGGCCCCGGCGCUGGUKCAGAACGGGGUCCGUCUGCGGGGCAAUCGUUUGGUGGUUCCYCGGGACGGGCUCUAUUUCGUGUACGCGGCCGCGGCGUUCCAGGGCUGGCGCUGUCCCUCGCGCUCCCCGCGGCGCCCGCUGCGCCUGGCGGUGUCGCGAUUGUCCCCAGAGUACCCGCGGGAYGUGCCCCUGCUGCGCGCCGCCCGCUCCGUGUGCCACACCGGGAACAGCCCCGGGCUCUGGGUGGAGUCCCUGUACCAGGGAGCGGUGUUCCAGCUGCGCCGCGGGGACCAGCUGGCUGCAACAACCACUGCGGGGAGGUUCCUGGAUCUGCACGGGGCGGGACAGGCGUAUUUCGGGGUGCUGGGGGUGGAUUAG